CUAGCCCCCGCCUCCGGGGCUCUGCGCUGUGAGAACUCUAUGGUGGGGAUUUCUAGGCGAGGCCUCCGCGGAGACUCUAUGGUCGCAGCCCGCCCACCCCGAGCGUCCCGCGCGGGCCCUCCGUGUUUACGAUGCCGCCGGCGCCGCUUUCCUGAGGCGGAGACGGGCGCGGCGGCUCUCCCCACGCGCGGCCACCGGCGGGGCCUGGAGGGCCUCUGAGCUGAUUAUGGAAGAGGUGCACAAGAGCAGCAGCGCCAGCUCCGUGCCGCCUUCCCAGCCCUCGGCCGUACAAGGUACAGCACUGCAGGCAGCUCAGCUCUCUCAUAUUGCUCAACAGAAACACUUGGAGAAGGAAAAAACGAGAGAAGGUUGAGAGAAAUAGACUUAUUGAUGGACAGCACAAUUAAUAAAAGGAUGUCUCUGCGAGGUCCUGCUCCUCUGACGGUUGUUCAGCUUCCUGGAGAGCAAGUCCAGGUCCAGGGAGUCAUUCAGACCGCGCAGUCCUCUUCUGUAAUCCACUCACCCCAGGUGCAGACAGUGCAGGUAUCUUCUUUGUCGGAGAGUGAGGAUUCUCAGGACUCAUCAGACAGCAUAGGCUCUACGCAGAAAGCUCGAGGGAUCUUGGCGCGUCGUCCAUCUUACCGAAAAAUCUUGAAAGAUCUCUCUUCUGAAGAUACACGGGAUAGAAAAGGAGAUGAGGAAAGUCCUGGGGUCUCUACUGUUACGUCCAUGUCUGUGCCCACGCCCAUCUACCAGACGAGCACUGGCCAGUACAUUGCCAUUGCUGCAAAUGGAUUGCAGCUGGCCAGCGCCGGUGCCGAUGGUGUGCAAGGCCUGCAGACGUUAACCAUGACAAAUGCUGGCGGGACUCAGCCCGGCACGACAAUCCUGCAGUAUGCACAGACCUCAGAUGGCCAGCAGAUACUUGUACCCAGCAACCAGGUGGUUGUGCAGACUGCCUCAGGGGACAUGCAGACUUACCAGAUCCGCACCACGCCGACCACCACGUCCCUCCCUCAGACCGUGGUCAUGACGUCUCCCGUCACUCUGACGUCGCAGUCGAGUAAGACGGACGAUCCGCAGCUGAAACGAGAAAUAAGGCUGAUGAAGAACAGAGAAGCUGCUCGAGAAUGCCGCAGGAAGAAGAAGGAGUACGUGAAAUGUCUGGAAAACCGAGUUGCGGUCCUGGAAAAUCAGAACAAAACUCUAAUUGAAGAGCUAAAAACUUUGAAAGAUCUUUACUGUCAUAAAAAUGUGUAAGAAAAGAAGGUAAAACUUCGGUGGACUGUUGAAAUUUCGGAGGAGAAUUUUUUUUUUUUUAUACUGAAUUUUUUUAACUAGAUGAAAGGUCAAAAGUGAAACUUUUCUACCUAGAUUUCGCAAGGUAAAGACUACAUAGAUUUUAUUUACAACGUGUUGGUGACAAAGUACAAAAAGGAGACGAGAAAACCUCACCACAAUUCCUGCUGGCACAACUGGAAACUUUAUAUAAAGCCAAGAUUGCAUCUGCAAUAAAAGGACAUUGGCGUUUUACCAGGCAGGCGAUUAGAAUUUCUCUGACAGUUUUUACCUCUUGUGAUGGGGACAAUAUUUGGUUUCAAUUAAAACGUGGAUGGAAUGGAAUCCUUGCCAUAGUUAACAUUGUUAGUAACAUUUAUAACCAGUGUAUGUUUUGAUUUCUUAACUCUUUUUCAAUCCUUGCUCUUCCUUUCAGUUAUCUGUAUGUAAAUAUUUUAAUUUGAACCUGUAAGUUGUUCUUUACAGGUGCAGGUGAUAAGAAGCUAAUCCUUUGCUCGAAGCGUAAAUUAUGUUUCCUCUUUUUCAGCUGACAGUUUUACAGGUUUUUCUUUCUUUUUGUUUUUUGUUGUUUUUUUUUUUUUUGUUUUCCUUCAAUGUUUGCUGUGUUGAUCGAGUUUGGAAAGGAUCUGCAGAAAGCAGCGAGAGGAGCAGCCCUGAAAAUGCCUGGGGGUGCACGGGGUGGUGUUGGCUUCAGAGAGCUCAACGCAUCCAAUUAUUUGAAAGCACGGUUUGGUAGAAUGAGGAAGGGCCAACAGAAGUUUCUGGAGGAUGAUUUCACAGUAGUUUGUUUUUAGUUGCUGGGCACGAUAGACAUCUAUAAUUGAACAGGAAAUGGUGUGCUGAUUAUCUAUACAAUUAAAUAUGCACUGCUUAUUCUGUCUGGAGAUUCUACCGUGCUUUGGGACGUAAACCAAAUAGAGGAACGAUAAAACAGAGAAUGGAAGGCACAUACCAAAGGGUUUCAUGAGGUUCUGAUCUAUGGUUUAUACGCUGAAAGCAACGCGAAAUUUCCAAACUCAUUUUGUAAAGUAGGCGAUAUUUUGCAAAGCAAUGGUAUCUUUGUAAGAAAAUACUCUAUUGAAAACAGGUAGAUGGUUGGUAUAUUUUGUAGCUGAACUGUGAUCCUCACGAGUUCCGAAAUUAAGUUUAUAUACGUAUUUUGACAGUUUAUAUAUUUCAUUUUAGUAAACAAAUGAAAUAUUUUGCGAAGCAGAUUUUCAAGCGUAUAUUUUUUAUGGGUAGCACAAAGUCAAAUGAGAUCCUCUUUGGCGCAGGAGAUAUUUGAAUUAAUUUUAUACGUCUGUAGGCAACUUACAGAAAGAAAUGGAUCUUGGGGGGGGGGGGGGGGGAAGGGGAAUAAACUGGGGCUUUUUUCCCCUGCAGUUGAUAAUAUCUGCACGUUAGAUCUGAUUGCUCUCGGAGGUUCUGGUGGGUGUCGUUUUGAUGUGUUCCAGGCAGACGUUCUGUGUCUGAUGUGAGCAGGGCAGUCUUUCUGGGUGUUCCAAUCCACCUGGGCACGGUGCUGGGCUGUGCUAGGAGCCCUGCUCCCCCCCCCAGAGCUCCCUCCAACCUCGGCCUUUCUGCCAUUCUGUGACGUAGACAAACGUGUACGCAGUGCUUCUUGCAUGGCGAGCGAAUACACUAUUUUCCAUAGUUAGGAUUGAAUCCUGCUUCCAGUUCUGUCAGCGGGAAUUGCACUAUGGGCUGCGCUGUUCAAAAGGUGUUAGAGCUACGUGUGCAUGUUGUGCUAGCUCGGAUCCGAAUGAAACGAGGGGACGUGCUCGCUCCCUGGACGUGUACUGCUUAUCGUGUGGUCGGUCGGCGUUUUUUAUUUCACUCAUGUUGAACUCGUGGGUUUCUGAGCAAGCAGAGCUCUUGGCAGGUGCUGCGAGACCUGCUGUUAGCAGGCUGUGCAAACAUUUUCGUUCCUCAGCUCUCUGAACGGGACGUGUCUGUCAUCCACAGCACGUUUCCCUUCGGCCAAACCGGAGGAUGCGGUUGUGUUCUCAGUCACGUCAAACAAACAAAAAAAAAAUGCUUUUGUUGCACAUCAGAAAUAACGAGCAACGCCGAGAAAGUCAUGGCAUGAGUAAAUGGCUCGUGGGGAGGUGCUGAGUCCUCUGUUCUGUCGGUGGAAUUUCAGGAAGAGGGAACACCUCGGGGUGCUCAGCACCUCCAGGAUUGGACUUUCACUGUCUGCCAUCAGCGUGUGCGCGCUUCGGAGGGAUUGAGCUGCAGCGCCGCGACUGACGUGGUAGCUCCUCUGUUUGGUAUCUUGAUCCUCACUGCGUGCUCUUGUUCCUUUACCUUCUUUUGUAAUAAGGAAUCAUAAUAAAAGAAGUUAUCACGUGUUAAGACCGUACAAGCAAUGGUGGCCAGUUCUUUCUGUAUUUCAGCAAGCGGAGCGAAUGCGUAGUGCUGCCGGGCGUAACGUGAGUCCGUUCUUGUCCCCUUUUAAGAUGGGGUUUUGGAAAGAGCACCUUGAUUUCUCAUCACGGAGGCAUUCACCAGUAACGUGGCUUUGCUCUUUAAGUCGUCACUUAUCACUGAGUGAUACUUCUUUUGGAUUUCUUUCCAAACGUUGACGGGGAGAGAACGAGAUCGAAUGCCCUGGGAGUGAGAGGUGUGGUAGCAAACGCUGCUCUGCUGUUUUGUUCCAAACCCACGUCCGUGCUUUAUAUGAACUGUAAAUAUUUGUCAAAACAAUUAGGUGGUUGCGGAUUUUGACCUUGGUAAAUAAAGUCGCCAAAAUACAA